AUGAGUCGCCGUUUGUCUCAGAUGACCGAGGAUGCGAUCCUAGAGGGCGGCCGGUCCGCGCGCCGCAACAUCGAGCAUGCGGGCUUUUCAGAGGACUUAAAGAAACAACUAGAGGAGAGAGUUAAAGCAGCUUCAUUCAAGAGUGAACAUGCAGCAGCACAUUCUAUUCUCAAUAUGCCGGCAAGUGCGGGUCAAGGCUCACGCGAAACAGCCGCAUCCCAAGCGUGGACAGGAACAGAAGCCCUCCACGACUCCGCCCUCCGCAUGCUUGACGAUGCUAGCAAACCGAUCCGCACUCCAUAUAAGAUCCCCCAGCCCGUGAACCUAAAACCCGCCCCGAAGCCCAAACGCUCCCCGGGAGCUCGCCUCGCCGCCGCAAAAGAACGCACCUCAAAAUAUGCAUUGAGUCAGGCCCCAGGCGUCUCCGACGAGGAGCGGGAAACAAUACGCCGCGAAAUGCGAGAGAAGCUGACGCCCGGCGCGCACGCAAUGCCCAUGUCUAUCCAGGGCCUGUCAUCCCUAGCCAACGAGCGAAUCGAAGAUGCGAUUGCGCGAGGACAAUUCCAGAAAAUCAAACGCGGGAAAGGCGUCAAUACCGAGACGGACCAUAAUGCGAAUAGUGCCUUUAUUGAUACCACGGAGUACUUCAUGAAUAAGAUUAUUCAGCGGCAGGAGAUUGUACCUCCGUGGAUCGAGAAACAGCAAGAACUUGCUUCGGAGCUGAGCCGAUUCCGACAACGGAUACGCAUGGAGUGGAAGAGGCAUGCUGCGAGGUUAAUUGCAAGCCAGGGCGGGUCCCUGGAGGCGCAGAUGAAGCGGGCGAGAGGGUACGCUGCAGCCGAGGCACGUCUAGCUAAGAAAGCGAAGGUGGAAGCUUCACUGCGGGACGACAAGGACAAGGAGGCGGUGUCCGAAAUUUCAUCUGAUGGUCGGAUUGUAUCGAAGCGUGAAACGCCUGAAGCAUCGGUUGAGAGUGAUGAGAGUGCGGAAGAGACGCUACAUCUUCCACCGCUGCGAGAUGAAAGUUACCUUGCACUUGAGCGUUCCUACCACGAGCUGGCCGUCAAACAACUGAACGCUAUCGCCCGCUCAUACAAUCUACAAGCGCCGCGUUCUGCGCAAAAACCAUACAUCAACCUCGACCGCGAGCUAAACUCCUGCUUCGCCGAGGUCGCUCCACAGCUCGCAGAAGAGAUCCGACGACGCGCAACAGAGCGUGCGCGCAUCCCAGCACCCGUGGGAGGAUCAAAGUCGAGCAUGCUCGGGUCACUGGGCACAGCGCAGUCGGUGCGUGUAUAUGAGGAGAAUGCAGAGAAGGGGUACGGAAUGAAGGAACUCUGGAGGGAUUUAUUCUCUAAAAAGGACUAG